AGCUGCGAUCGCCAUGAGCAGUUCGAUGUUUGGGGCCUUUUGGCUACUUUGCUCGCUGCUGAUCUGCGUCACGAAUGCCGCUGAUUAUCGGCUGGACGGGAGCGUCGUACCUGCGCACUACAACCUGACCAUCGGCGUUCUGCGAAACGCGGCCGAGCCCACCGUUUUCGAUGGCGAAGUGAGCAUUGCGUUGCGGGUGGUCGGAACGGUGGAGGUGCAACAAAUCAUUCUGCAUGCUGAUACGCUGGACAUUACGGCAUGCUGGCUUCUGGAUGCGGCAGGUGCGCAGGUGGAGGCCAUCGAUAUCAGCCGGCUGAUUUAUGAGGCCGCCACCCAACAGGUGAGAGUUCCGCUGACGCAGGCCGUGCAGCCUGGCAAGGAUUAUACGCUCGGGUUCACGUACACCGGGCACAUACGAACGGAUAUGGCCGGCCUCUUCUCCGCCAGCUAUGUGGAGAGCGAUACCAAUGUGACCAACUGGCUGGCGCUCACCCAGAUGCAGCGCAUCAACGCCCGCCUGGUGCUGCCCUGCUUCGAUGAGCCCGCCAUGAAGGCCCGGUUCCAACUGCAGAUUGUCCGGCCCGACGGGUAUCGGUCCAUAGCCAACACCAAGCUGAAAGAAACGACAGCUAUUAGCCAAGCUCGUUUUGUCGAUCACUUUGAGGAGACCCCCGUCAUGUCCACAUAUCUGCUGGCCUUCAUGGUGGCCAAUUAUUCUGCCCGUGGAAAUGAGAGUGAAUUCGCAGUGCUCAUUCGUCCGGAGUUUUAUAACAACACAGAGUUCAGCUACCAUGUGGGUCAGCAGGUGGUAUCGGCCUACGAGGAGCUGUUCCAGAGUCCAUAUGCUGAACUGGGCAACGAUGUGCUCCAGUAUGCCAGUUCGCCCAGGUUUCCGCACAACGGCAUGGAGAACUGGGGCCUCAUCAUCUACAGCGAUGCUGUCCUGAUUCAGGAACCUGGAUACUCGGAUGACUGGUCGGAUAAGGAGUUCGCCAUACGCAUCAUCGCACACGAGACCUCACACAUGUGGUUCGGAGACAGCGUGACCUUCUCCUGGUGGAGCUACUUCUGGCUCAAUGAGGCCUUUGCCCGCUACUACGAGUACUUCAUGGCACAUCAGCUCUAUCCAGAGUAUCACUUGGACGAGCAGUUUGUGGUGCGCCAAAUGCAGCUGAUCUUUGGCACGGAUGCGCGGAACAGCACUCAACCCAUGACCAGUCCGGAAUCGGAGAUCCAAACACCCACCCAGAUUGCCUACAAGUUCAGCGGAAUCGCCUAUGCCAAGGGAGCUUGCAUUGUAAGGAUGUGGCGAAAUCUCAUGGGAGCCCAAAACUUUGACACGGCCAUCAGGAAUUACCUGCAGCAAUAUCACCUGACCAACACUGUGCCUUAUAACCUGUUUUACCAUCUCUUUGAGCACUGGCCAAAGAAUCAGGAUGUGGAUCUGGUGGACUUUUUCACCGAUUACACGGACCAGGUGGGCUAUCCCAUGCUAAUUGUGAAGGCUUUGCAGGGUAGCAAAGUCGUCACCGUGGAGCAGUCGCGAUUCCUGCUGGACAAAGACGAUGGCAGUAACGCCACACUGCUAUACACAGUGCCAAUCACUUUCACCACUAAUCUGGAACGGAAUUUCUACAAUCUAACGCCGUAUAAAUACCUACACAAAACCGUGAAUGUUCUCUGGCUCAAUUUUGAUAAUCAAAUUGACUGGAUUGUACUUAACCUAAGGCAGUCGAACUACCAACGAGUGUUUUAUGAUGCCACCUUAAGGGAGGGCCUUCGGUUGGCCAUCUCCGCAACGAAUCACAGUGGCAUACCUGUUGAGAACCGGGCUCAAAUUAUUGAUGACCUCUUCAAUUUCGCGCAAGUUCAAUAUGUGGACUAUGCGGAUGUAUUCGCGUUCCUGGAAUACCUGGCCAAGGAGGUGGAGUACGUGCCCUGGUAUGCCGUCUAUGAGAACUUGAAUACGGUGGCGAAGCGAUUGGCGCCCGAACAGCUGCCCAACUUUCGGAUAUAUCUAUCCGACAUCACAGCAGCUGUCUUUGAAAAACUAGGAGUUGCUUGGAGCGCCCAGGACACUCCGCUGGAUGUGGCCAAUCGUAACAAGCUGAUUAAAUGGCUGUGCAGAUACCAGGUCAGCGCUUGCAGGCCAAAGGUCAACGUUCAGUUCGUCACAAGUGCGGAAGUACCAUCGCCGGAUUACCGGGAAACCUUCUACUGUGCAGCCAGCAGCGCCGACUACAAUGCCUACACUAUGGUGUGGGGUCAGUACCAACUCGAGAAUCGCACCAGCGAAAGGAAUCUGCUCUGGGCUGCCAUCAGCUGCACGAGGGAGUACGAAACGCACUACCGCAAGAUGAUCAUCUCUGGUCCGCAGAGUAUUGAGCAAAAGAAAAUUGGUAUAGCCCGUAUGUACGAGGAGAAUCCUGACUUGGUGCAGCCCAUUUUUGAAAUGAUUACCGAAAACAUCGUGCUAUUGGCGUACGAUUUCCAGAGUUGGGCGGACACGGCCGAGGUGAUCAAUGACCUGGCGGAGUACUUCACCACCCGGGAGCAGCAGCAGUUGCUCAAGGACUUCUACUACAGCAACCACCAGCUUUUCGGGGAAUCGGAAGAGCUGCUCGCCAAAUCCUUGGUGACUGUGGAAAACAACCUCAACUGGGCGGAUAACCAUCUGCGGAAUCUGGUCGAAUAUCUGGCGGACAGAAAUGGCAGCUCCUGCCUGGGAGCCACUUCCUUGGUGGUGGUGCUGCUGUUGGCAGUGGGCAGGCUGUUGGCCUGGCUCUGAUUAGCUAAUAAGUUGUGGGGGAAAUAAAGAGAUUGCCGUGGUCAUGCGCUGCGGGAGAAAU